AUGAUGUCCCAGAAUUUCUUUGAAAUGCUUAACGAGAGGGCAAAGACAACGCUGCUUUGCAUCGGCCUCGACCCCCGCGCACAAACCGCUGCGGCGGCCGCCGAAGAGUGCGUAAAGUUGAUCGACGCAACCAAGGACUACGCCGCCGCGUACAAGCCAAACGCUGCUUUCUUUGAGUACUUCGGGGAGGAGGGCUGGCAGGCGCUGCGGCGUGUGAUCGCGCACGUUCCCUCGAAUAUUCCCGUCGUGCUCGACGCGAAGCGCGGCGACAUCGCGGACACCGCGGAGGCCUACGCGAAAUCCGCCUUCGAGCACCUCAAGGCCCACGCCAUCACGGCGUCGCCCUACAUGGGCGGUGAUUCGCUCUCGCCGUUCCUGCAGGACGCGUCGAAGGGCGUGUUCAUCCUCUGCAAGACAUCCAACAAGGGCUCCAACGACCUGCAGUGCCUAGAGGUGGACGGGCGCAACCUCUACGAGGUGGUUGCCGAGCGCGCCGAGAUGUCGUGGAACUACAACGGGAACAUCGGCCUCGUCGUUGGCGCUACCGACCCCGUCGCGCUGAGCCGCGUGCGUGCGCGGGCGCCGACGUUGUGGUUCCUCGUGCCCG